AUGGUUACGUCUUUCCGGGAGAACAUGGGCAUCGCUCUGACAUGCUUUAAAGUUGGGGUAACCUGUAAUCCGGUGCCCCGCUUCCUCUUGUACAGAAAGAAGAACUUUACCAACAUGUGGGUAAUCCACUCCAGUAUGUGUGUUGGGGAGACACAUAUGCUGGAAGCUGCCCUGAUUAGCUUAUUUCAAGAUGCUUGUGGAUGUCAAAACAAACCCCACAGCGGCGGCGAAGGCGCCCUGAACCGUGAAGGCAUUGCCGGACCAUUCUACACUUACGUUGCGGGGGGUCGAGCAGAUCAGCCCAGAAGAGCCCCAUGCAAGCACGCGGUGGAGACGGCAGAGGCUGCGCUGCGUGACAACAGAGGUGGAGAGGUUCCGCCAGCUUUGCGUGAGUUCGCUAGCAUAAAGAAGAAUGAUGCAGAAGAGGCAUGUCACAAACUUUUUGCAAAGUAUGGCCUCACUAUUCCUGUGAAGAUUGAAGAAAUGAAUGUUGGGCCGGGGGAGCUAGCCAAGUUUCCUUUCCUCCCUUUCUCAUCUUGGAUGCGAUAUCUGAUCGACCAUGAGAAGCUGCACCUUGUGACUGGAGUGAGCUUGGAUGAGCAGGAUGAGCUGCUUUCCGAGUUUUGGCUUCGGUACCAAGCCAACCACCCACGCCACCAGUUGUUUGAGCUUGCGCGUGACGGGGCAGUGGACUUGGCAAAGUGUCUGCCGGUUUUUUGCCACGUUGACGAAGGGCGGACGUAUAAGUCCAAAGGCAUUAUGAUCCUCAGUGUCCACGGCUCGCUGGGGAGAGGCACUCGUGCCUACCGGCGCCGGCUUGGUGUGCGCAGGCUGCAUAUCAAGCAAAACCCCAUGGGCAUGAACUACAUGGGCAACACGUGGAGCACGCAGUUCAUCUUUUGCUCUUUGCUACGCACAACCAUGCACGACAGCCCAGAUGUUUUGGACCAGGUUCUUGAGGUCUUCUCUGCAGACAUGGCGAAGCUGGCUGUUGCUGGCGUGACGAGUACCAAUGGGAGAAGAAAGUAUUGGGCCCAGCUCUUGUGCUGCAAGGGCGACCUGCCCGCUCUUCAGAAGGUGGGUGCAGAGGCCCCCGAGGUUGUACCGUUCGAGGACUACUCGCCGCAGGCAAGGUGGAGAGACACCUGCUUUACUGAAGAUCCAUGGGAUGUGAGGCCCCCUAUGCUGGGGGCUAUUCCGCUCGACCCCAACAAAGAGCCUUCGUUUUUUCAAACGGACCUGUGGCACAACUGGCACAAUGGGCUGGCGAAGUACUUUGUGGGCAACGCUCUCUGCACCUUCAUCACCACUCAUGACUUGAUUCCAGCACGAAGCAUAGACAGCAAGUUUGAGUGGCUGACGCAAGAUUAUCUGAGUUUUUGCCAAAGGUCGCAAUUGACGCCUUUCCUGCGUGAAAUCAAUCGUGACACCAUUUCGUUUGAGUCUGCUGCCAGUCCACCACAGGGCAUGUGGAACAAAGCGGUGGUAUCCACCCACCUGAUGCUCUAUGUGGCGGAUUUCUGUUCUCGAUUCGUGAAAGGCAAAACGGAGGACUACAUUUUGAAGAAGAUCGUGAAAUGCACUUGCAUCAUGAACAUCUUCAUCGCCAGCCUCUACUCCGAAGGCUUUUGGAUGCCAUCUGAUCGG